AUGGCUGCUCCGCUAGACUCUCCGCUCGAAAAGCAGGCACCGCCAGUCGAGCCUUUGGUUGUCGGGCUCUAUAGACGUCUCUUUCGGGAUUCCGAAGUCGACGAAAGAGACGAUGAAUUCUGGCAGACGCUAUUCCUUCUGAAGCCAGAUAAAGCAACACUUCGCCAAGUGAUCGAAGAGACCGAGGCCGACACACUCCUUCAUGCUCAACAUUUACCACAGCAGCUUCUCUUGCAUGCCCUUGCGAAGGUCAAAGGUGGCGAGGCCCCAGCACAGGAACAUGCUCUCGAAACUCUGACAGUAUUCUUCGCGGUUGUGCUCGCGAAGAAGUAUACGAACCCAAGCUCGGACGUUAUCGAAGUGCUAGCUGGCCUCGAUCAUGUUGAUUCUGUGUUCUCCGACCUCGUCAGCACGCUUGACCAAGCGAUCAAGGAUGGUCAGUCGCCGGAAGUGCGUCAGAAGGCAGUCCGAGCUGCGAUUGCCAUAGUCACUGGAGGCUACCAAACAGCACUAGUUUCGUAUUUCGUGCAGAAAGACUUCUUCCCAGCAUUGAUGAAGAUGGUGUACCAGCUGGAGAACCCUCUCUGGGCAUCGGAGCCCCUGCUGCUGACCGCACUACUGGCCAACUACAACAAGUUCGAAUCACACAAUCAGUAUCGGGUCCGAUUCUCUGACUUCGUUAACGAGGAGACCAUGAUACGCGUAGUGCAGAGCGUUGCAUGGACGACGACGAUACUUCGUCAGCGCUACAUUGAGGUCCAAGACGACUCUCCAAUUGCUUGGAGUCUGGGUGGUACAUUAUCAUACGUCGGUCUGGGUCGGCUUGCCGGUGCAAAGCCAGCUAAGCCCCCUUUGACGGAAGAGCAGCAGAAGGAGCUGUUUUCUCAGCAACCAGGAGGGGAGGCUGCCUCAUUGCUUACGCUCUACGACUUUGUGUUGGCGAACAAGCUAUUCCGCCACCAUUUCGUCGCCAUCGGCAGCGAUAGGAACGAACGUGCUGAGCACUCACCCUUCAGCAAGUUCCUCUCAUUCACAUCGUACCUGUGUCAGCACGCAUAUCGAAACAUUCGAGCAAGCCUGUAUUCCCACUUUACUAUGCUCAUAUUGCUGCUACUGGUAGAGGACCCGAACAUAGUCAAACUGCUAUGCGAGACUUCAUCUCCAGUUCGACUUUGUCGGCAAAGACAACCGCUACUGCCAUUGGCCACUGAGAACCGACCAUACAUCACUACCGUAGUCGACGUAUUGAUCGAUGGCCUCAACCACAAUCUGCGCAAGAGACUCGACACACACUUCUACCGGCAGGAUAUUGCCAUCUUGUCUUGUAUCGUGUCUUACUUAUCAAAAACCAGAACAAAGCUUCACUGUCACUGGUCCGAGGUCUGGCGCUCACUACUGGCAUUUGUGCGGUUCCUUACGCAAUACGCAGACGAUUUGAAGACUCUUUCGGGAAUAAUCCAGCUAGCCGAAGGCGUGACGAAUCUUCUGACACUGUCACUAACUAAUGGAGAGGCUAUCCUUCCUGACGCUACGGCGUACGACGACCUUUUCUACAAGCUGGUGGAGUCAGGCGAAGCACUCAUCAAGUUUCGAGAUGUGUAUGAGCUUAGCGGACCAGAAACACAUAGUGCGGUCAACUCACUAAUUGGCGUGUCGAGACAUUACCAAGAGCUCAUAGACUCACAGAAGAGCAAGAGCACUGUCCUAACGCCUCGAGAGGUCAACCAAAUCAUCAAGCAGGGUUACGAGACACUGUCGAUUGAGACGCGGGAAGGUCUGGAUCAGAUGGAGAAGUAUCGCGAGGUUGACUACAAAGUCGACUUGAAGAAGAUUACGCGGAUCGCUGUCAACGAUGCAGCAGCAUUGCUGGCUGCUGAUGCGACGUUCGACAUGUCGUCGCUAGAGGAGAGGCUGCAGAAGAUCCGAAACUCACCGAAACUGCAGAACCAGCAGCAGACUUCCGUCGUCCUCAACGCCAUCGACGACACGCUGCGAUCGCAGAAGAGCGAAGGCACACCGACCGCAUACUUCGCCGCCCUGCUCUCACUGCUGGGCCAGUACAUCUCGACCGACAAAGGACCGGUCAACAAGGACGUGGCCGCAGCAGUUGUCUACCUCCUCGACCUCGUCACCAGCCAUGUGCCGGCACCGCUCUUGCGAUCCAAGUUCCCUCAGAUCCUCACAAGCCUUGCGCCGGCAUUGACACACCCUGAUGCCGAGGCGCCGCUGCUCAGAGCCAGCAUUGGAUGCUUGCAGUCGCUGCUGAUCGCACAGGACUCGCAGUCAUGGGCGCUACCGCAGUCACGAUCGCAGUCGAGUCCGCGCGAUGCCGUGGGUGGGCUGCUGGCGCUGUCCAUGGACCACCGACCGAAAGUCAGGAAGCGGGCACAAGAUGCGCUGAGCAACGUGCUGAUGCACCCUCCGCCUUCGCCGUCAUUGGAUCAUCCCUGCGCCGACAUGUGUGCUCAGACUGCGUUGCAACACCUUCAAAAAGCAGUCGAAGACGCCACCAGCAAGAAGAGGAAGCAGCGACAGAGGGGCGACACACAGCAUGAACCGAGUCUUAUGCACGCCUUACAGCUCGUGAUGACCGUUGCUUCGUCGCAGAACAGCUGGCCCAGCAAGAAGAUCGAUGCUCUCUGUGAAGUUCUGCUGAACAUUUCGAGAGGCAGCAACGAGUUCAUGACCAUGGCUGCGUUCGAGAUAUUCGAGAUCAUCUUCGCUGGGCUUGCCGACGAAGUGUCAUCUUCCAAGCUUCCGAGAUUACUCGAAGUCAUCACCGACUUGCAGCCAUCGCAAAACGACUCGCAGCUUCUGCCUCCGUGGAUUGCAGUGCUGAGCAGAGGUUACGAAGUGUUCGCGCAAGUGGAACCCGAGGAGACUUUCGAGAAGCUCCCUGGACUUUUCGGCAAGAUUUGUACCUUCCUCGCAUCCUCUUCCCACAACAUCCGCAUCUCUGCCUCUGCGUGUCUUAUCUCGCUACUUCACAACUGUGUGCCAAGCUCUGUCAUCCUCGACCCCUCCAUCAUGGACGAGAAGGUGCUGGAGAAUGUUGCCAAGAUUAUGCGCGACCUGCUGAGUGUCAAGUAUCAGACUGCAUGGAUGGACGUGUUUCAUGUGCUCUCUGCAGGCUUUGAGGUGCUGCGGUGGAGGUCGCAUCCCUUGUUGGACGAUAUUGUCAAGACGAUCGGAGAUCUUCGCAGCGACGACUCUUUUGCAGGCAAGAAAGAGGCCGAUACUGUGCUUUCUGCGGCUAUCAAGUAUGCUGGUCCCGAUGCCGUACUCUCAGUGCUACCUCUCAAUCUCGGAAAGACUGCUUCUGGACCUGGUCGGGCAUGGCUGCUGCCCAUCAUGCGUGACUCUGUCAGCAACACCAGGUUGGCGCACUUUCGGUCCGAGCUGGUUCCCCUUAGCGAGAACCUGUUUCAGCGAGUCCUUAACCACGGCAGCGGUGAGAAGACCAUGGAGAUCAAGGUCUUCGAGACAAUUGUCAGUCAAAUCUGGUCAUGUUUACCAGGGUACUGUGAGCUGCCAUUGGAUCUUGAGGACGCGUUUGAUCAGACUUUUGCAGAGAUGCUCAGCAACUUGUUGUACCAACAACCGCAAAUGAGAACAGACAUCUGCAAGGCUCUUCAGAAUCUUGUCGACACGAACAAGGCCGUUGCGGAAGUAGAUGGCGAGGAAGAUCUGCUUCAACAAGGACGGCUCACUGGACAGGAGGCGCAAGCCAACCUCAAGCAUAUGUCUGGGUCCGCGGGUAACAUUCUUGCAGUCCUUUUCAACGUCUACAGUCAGACCUUACCGCACAAUCGUGGCAAUCUAUUACAGUGUAUCAAUGCUUAUCUGAGCAUCACGCCCGAACCCGAACUUCUCGAAACCUAUCAGCGUGUGGCCGUCAUGCUCGAAAGCGCUGUAGCCGAGACUGGCUCUCAGACACAGGCUGAUAAGCAGAAAGAACGUGGCUCCAGCAAAGAUGCGAAGGACAAUAUGCCGCCCACAUCGCAUACGCUCAUGGACCUCAUCAUCACCAUCUCUACCUACCUACCAAGGGACAGCUUUGCGGGACUUUUCAACAUGGCCGCAAACAUCGUCAACAAGCAGGAUGAUCCUCAGCUACAGAAGAAGGCCUACAAGUUGAUUCCACGACUUUCCGAGUCCGAGGUUGGCCGUCAAGCACUGGCUGAGCGCAGUGCUGACCUGCAGCAGCUUUUGUUGUCCUCGGCCGAAAAGGUAUCGGCACCGGCCCGCCGUGAUCGACUGGCCUCAAUCGCAGAGAUCAUACCAGGUCUUCCACCGUCAGAGCUUCAAUUCAUCCCUUCGAUCAUCUCCGAGGUCGUCAUUGGUGUCAAGGAAGUUAACGAGAAAGCUCGGACUGCGGCCUUCGAUUUGUUGGUGCUGAUGGGCGAGAAAAUGGCCGAAGGGGGAACAGUCGUCAACGCAAAGGUGCCGCACAUGCCACCUGAUGCGCCUUCCGUGCCUGCCAGCUUGGAGGAAUAUUUCACAAUGGUGUCCGCCGGUUUGGCAGGCUCCACGCCUCACAUGAUUUCUGCGUCUAUCACUGCUUUGACCAGACUGCUCUAUGAAUUCCACGGUCGUCUCCCCGAAGGGACCGUCACAGACCUGGUGCAGACCAUGGACCUUUUCUUGACUUCAAACAAUCGAGAAAUUGUGCGAUCUGUCCUUGGCUUCGUCAAAGUUUGCAUAAUCUCAUUACCAAGCACUCUGGUCCUCCCACGGCUGGAGACGCUGAUACCAAAUCUGAUUGUGUGGAGUCAUGAACACAAGCAGCAUUUCAGAGCCAAGGUCAAGCAUAUCUUCGAGCGCAUGAUCAGGAGGUUUGGGGUUGACACUGUUGAGAGAUACACGCCAGAAGCAGACAAGAAGCUUAUCUCGAACAUCCGCAAGACGCGUGAGCGAAGGAAGAAGAAGCGAGACGCCGGAGAGGACGAUGAAGACGUCGCGGUGGGUGCUGAGAAGCGACGCAGCAAGUUUGAAAGCGAGUACGAUGAAGCUGUAUAUGGCUCUGCGUCAGACGAAGACGAUUCCGGUUCAGAUAUCUCGGAUGAUGAAGUGCUGGGCCGAGCUGCAGCGAAAGGCAGGAAAGCCAAACAGGGCGGAAGCCAGUACAUCGUGGAAGAUGAUGACGAGCCUCUUGACCUCCUGGACCGCAAAGCUCUGGCUCAUGUGUCUUCAACGAAGCCCGCCAAGAGAGGUGCUUCAGGAGAGGGCAAGAAGAACAAGGCCAAAACCGACAUUGACGGCAAGCUGGUAUUCAACGAGAGCUCUGACGAUGAAUUAAUGGGCUUUGACGACCACGGCAUGGCUGGAGGUGCGGAGCCCGGGGAUGGUACGCUGGAGGGUGGUAUCAACGCCUACGUCAACGCUAUCAAGGGCAAGCACGCAGCUGAACGUGGCCAGCGUGGCAAGCUAAAGUUUAAGAAUGUCCGGGGUGACGAGGAUGAGAUGGACGUUGAUGAGGACGAUGCUAUGGCUGCUAAGAAGAAGCUCGAUGCUGUUAAGAGUCCUCGCGGGGGUAAGCAAAAGCCGGAGAGACGAUCAUUGAAUGGGGACAAGACCCGAGGUGGCGGCUUGAGCGGUGGCAAGGUCCAUAAAGCUGGAGCUGGCAGGGGCGGAGCAUUCAAGCAUGGUCUGCAGCGAUCACGAGGAGGCAGGGGAGGCAGGGGAGGCAGAACGUAG